ACGCUAAUCUUCUAUCAGGAGUUUUACAGACAACCAGACUAAAUCCAAGAAAUGCCUGCAAAGAAAGUAUGCAUCGUUGGGUCGGGAAACUGGGGCUCUGCCAUAGCCAAAAUCAUUGGACACAAAGUUAAAGGAUCCAACCGCUUUGAUCCAAUCGUAAACAUGUGGGUUUAUGAAGAAAUGAUCGAUGGCAGAAAGUUGACAGAGAUCAUUAAUACGGAACACGAGAAUGUCAAAUAUCUACCAGGUCAUAAACUGCCCAAAAAUGUGGUUGCAGUUCCCGAGGUGACCGAGGCGGUGAAAGGAGCCAGUGUGCUGGUGUUUGUCAUCCCACACCAGUUCAUCGGGAAGCUCUGUGACCAGAUGAAACCACACAUCAAAGAGGGAACCAUCGGGAUCUCCCUCAUCAAAGGCAUCGACGAGGGUCCGGAGGGUCUGAAGCUGAUCUCUGACAUCAUCAGAGAGAAACUGGAGAUAGAAGUCAGUGUGUUGAUGGGGGCCAACAUCGCCAACGAGGUUGCAGACGAGAAGUUCUGUGAGACCACCAUUGGGGCGAAGAAUGAGCCAAACGGCCAGGUGUUUAAAGAACUGCUCCAGACACCGAACUUCAGGAUCACCGUGGUGCAGGAGAGUGACACGGUGGAGCUGUGUGGAGCUCUCAAGAACAUCGUUGCCGUGGGUGCAGGUUUCUGUGACGGUCUGGGCUUCGGGGACAACACCAAGGCUGCCGUCAUCCGUCUGGGUCUCAUGGAGAUGGUGUCCUUCUCCAAGCUCUUCUGCAAGGGCCAGGUCAGCUCCGUCACCUUCCUGGAGAGCUGCGGCGUGGCCGACCUCAUCACCACCUGCUACGGGGGACGCAACCGCAAGGUGGCAGAGGCCUUCGCCAAGUCCUCCAAGUCUAUUGAGGAGCUGGAGGUAGAGAUGCUCAACGGUCAGAAGCUACAAGGUCCACAAACCUCUGCUGAGGUGUACAAGAUUCUGAUGAAGAGAGACAUGGUGAAACAGUACCCGCUGUUUGCAGCUGUGUAUCAGAUCUGCUUUGAGGGCAGAGCGGUCCAGGAGUUCAUCACCUGCCUUCAGAACCACCCUCAGCACAUGUGAAGCUGCCCUCAGCCAGAGACCAGUCCUGCAGUAACGCAUCUCUACCACCAGGGGGGGGGGUUCUCUAAAACCCCAAGCAUCCGCACACUGUGCCUGUUAGAAAAACAUAUCGAAAUAUGUUUUAUGUUAAAUGUGUUUUUGACUAUCUCUAUUCACUAAAUGUUCUGUUGUUAGUUGGUAAUUGUACCUGAGUGCCAAUGGAAUUAUGAAACGCACACUAUUUGAAAUGUGGUUUUUGUUGUGUCUAAAUAAUGAAACAAAUUUGUUUUUUAAACAUCUUUUUUUGUACUGCAGAACUAGUAUUUACCUAAAUAAAAACAAUAUCUUUCCUU